GCAACAAAUAAAGCUCGACCACAAGGAAAUAUCUGAUACAAAAUCUCAGAUUUAUGCAGCAACCUAUUGGGUGCUUAGGAGUACCUUGACAUGCUCUUCUCUAAUCACAGACUUGAUUGCGAUAAAUGAUCAGCAAGAAGCUGGAUUCAAACACCACUAGUGCUACAUGGGAGCUGUCAAGCCUUGUUUACAAGGUGACCCGCAUAUGUCGUAAAUUGCGGAAACAGGUUGACAAAUGCCACCUGCAGAUAGAGAAUAAGCUGCACAGGAAGCUGUUGGACCUCUUUGAGAAAGAGACUCACUUAGAUAACCAAAAGGUACUCAGUACACUGUUCUCUCUGAAGGAUGACAAGCCACUAAAGGAUUGUUGUUCACAAGAAAAGAUUGGGGUUCCUGACUUACUAAACAAGGUGGUGGUGCUCUUGAUCUCAAAGCCAGAGAUAUUACCUCUAGAGGAAUUACUUUAUCUUGUGCAGCAGACAUGCAGUAAUUUUCCUCGCGAUGACAGAACAAUGAGAAGAUAUGAAAUUGUAUGGGUGCCCAUUCCAUCUUCCAUUACAUGGACUGACGAGGAAAAUAAAGUUUUCAAACAUUUAUCUGACAUUUUACCAUGGUACUCGAUACGCCAGCCCUCACGAGUUAACUCAGCAGUUGUAAAUUACCUCAAACACGUGUCUGGCUUUGUAGGGGAACCAGUGAUGGUAGUAGUCGACCAAAAUGGAAGGCUGGCCAACUUGAAUGCCAUACAUAUGGUACAUAUAUGGGGUCCCUCAGCUUACCCUUUCACAGCUUCAAGAGAGGAAAAGCUGUGGGAGGAAGUAAACUGGUUUGGACAGCUUAUAGCUGACGAAAUCGAUCCCCUCUUAUCCAAGCAGGUAGAAGAAGGAAGAAUCUGUCUCUUUGGAAGCAGCGACAUAAAUUGGAUCAGAGAACUUUCUACUAGGAUAAAAGAAAUGACUAAAACAGGUCUGCAGCUUGAUCUUAUCUAUGUGGGUAAGAGGAGGUUAAACGAUGAUCAACAUGUAAGCAACAUCAUAUCCACCAUAACUCAAGAAAAACUAAGCAGUUACCUUGCUUACCCGAAGAUGCAUUUCUUUUGGCUUCGGAUGGAGAAUAUCAAAAGAUCAGAAAUCAAGCUAGGGAAGAAGGCAACAAAAGCCGAACACAUUCUUAAAAAUGUAGGGUCUUUGGUAAAUUUUGACGACUGUGAGAAGAGUUGGGCCUUGUUUGGAGAAAGGUUCUCAAAAGAUAUACUGCAACUACAGGGAAGAAAACUCAUGGAGUGCCUGAGGCUUUUUCAAGUGUGGGGUGAAAACAUAGAGAAGGUCGGUUUCAUGGCAGCCAUAAGACGUGCACUUGAGCCUCCUAUGGCAUCCUUGGAACCUUGUUAUAUUUGUAAUGUUAGUGAGUUUAUACAAGGCAAUCAAAAAGAGGAAGGAAUAGUGUUGUGUGAAGAAUGUAAACGUCCAAUGAAAAUGUUUUCUGUGUAUCAAUGCAAUGCAGUAGAAUAAAAACACAUGGCAAAUAUGAUGCAUAUGCUGCUCGAUUUUCAA